UCGAGGGACAUACGUCUUCGAUUUUUGAGCUCGAUCUCUUCCCCCAGAGCACUUUCCUUAGACAUCGUAUACCUUACUCCAACGCUGAACAUCCUUUUCAACGCUGGUUUUGCAGCUAUAGAAGAAGAAUAUGGAUGAAUUAAAGCAAGCGAUUGUUCCCACUUAUAUUCAGUCGCUUGGUUUAGAAGGAAGUUUGGAGUUAUGGGUUCCUGCUCAUGAAGAAGAUUCCAUCAAUGAAGUAGUAGCCGAAGAACAGAAUUUUGAUUGCGAUUUUGUUUUAAAAGGAGAAUUGAUUGCUUUUGAUAGUGGAAUAUUUACUCGUAAAAGCAAUCUCUUCCCUCGCUGUAUUCAUUGGAAUGUUUUCAAAAAUCAAACCUUGGUUUUAAGUGAAGUAUCUCUGAAAAAAGAGUCUUCUUGCAUACCUUCUUUUAAUAUAAGAAUCCACUUUCCUUCCCAGGUUUUGAAAAAUUGCAUAACCUUUGGAUUUGAUGAUGAAAAGGACGAGGUGAGCCUCUUCGUAAUCACGUCGACUAGAGUCCUCUAUUCUAUUCAACUAAAGCCAGAAUGGUUCUUAUCUUCCAAUCCAACGGUUGAUGAAGGUUGGUGCACCUACUAUCGCCCACCAUCCUUUUUAACUAAGAGUCCAUCUUACGCAACUGGCGUUGAUCGUUCCUCACUGUUUGUCACAUUUGAUAUAGGCGGACUUGUGAAACUGAACUUAACUUCUAAUAAUAAUCAAAUUCGAGAAGAACAUUAUCAUGAUUCUAGAUAUAUGACCUCUAUCCGGCAUUAUCUUACUCUUCAGGCUUUCAAAAAUGAUUAUCGCCCACCUAACAGUAUUGUUUCGAUGGUUUAUAACCAUCGCUACCAUUAUCUGUUAACUUUGAGUUUGGAUCAUACGCUAAAAAUAUGGAAUUCACUAAAUGGUGUCCUGUUGGAGAAUAUAUCCUUCGAACCCCCUUCUGUGCAAAAUUCAAACGCUCUUUCUUAUUUAUCUAUAGAUAGUUUCACACAGUCUUACGUUUCUGUAUAUUGUCCCAACAGUACUCAUGGGUACUUUUCCUUUUACAAGUUUGACCUUGAUCCAGACAACGGCACAUUUCUCAAGUUGUCUCCAUUAGUGACUAAUAUCACUCCUCCAAGAUUACCGGAUGAUGAAUAUUUGCCUUGGACGCUGUUAAAGACAAGUCUUAUUUGUUUGGAUCAACACAAUUUACGCUUCAAUUUGUUUUUAGCUUGGAAAAGUAACCUUCAUGCUGUCAUACAAUGUGCUGAAGUCGUUCCCGACAUAGAUCAAACUGCAAAAGUCACGUGGAAGAGCACGAAGAAAAAUACAUUUGCUAAUUUUGACAAAUUUUCGUUUGAUAUUCCGACUACUAUGUCUUUUGGUGAUGUGUCGGAAAUUUGGAUUGAUAAUUUGUUGAAUAAAAAAUACAUAUCCCCCGAAUCACUGCAAUUAGCUUUCUUGUGUUAUCAGAAAGUUAAUCCUUACACUUCAAAGUCAAAGAUGGAUUCUUUACUUAGUACAUCCAUAAGUGAACUCAUGAAAGAAAUUACCACAAUGAUUAUCGGUUCUGUUCCUGUACAGCCUGAAUUUGGCUCUUCAUCUUUUGAUUACCCUGCAUAUCGUCAAGCUCUUUACAAUGAAUGGGAGAGAUUUGCCAAAUUGACUCUGUACUUGGAUAGCUUUGGUAGUGAGGUAUUGAGUAUCGAGGUAGACUCAAAUUCAAAAAACAUGUAUGUUUGCUAUGCAAACAAGAUUGGUGUUUUGCGAGAGCCUGUUAAUAUUGAAUACCUAGACGGCGAUUUAAUAAAUAACAUGCUCCAGCUUCCUGAAAUGAAGGCUCCCGACUUAGUAUCAGGCUAUCAGCUAUUAGAUCUUGCUUGCAGUUUACUGAACUGUCUACCGUCUGCUAUUCUUUUGGAAAUACGGUUCUCUCUUCAAGAACUGACCAAAAACCCUGCCUCUUAUUCAGUAUUCGAUACAUUAUGGAUAUUUUUUGACAAGUAUAUUUAUCCAAAUGUAAACCCAGAUCAUUUGAAAUCCUUGGCCGAAAGCUUUGCUUCCCGGGACAAUCCAAUAGCCGACAUAAAAUCUCUUAUCAAUUAUAUAAGAGGCUUCCCGGAACAAUCUGUAUCAUUCAGUUUUACUCCUUUUUUCUCGUUAGCAUUAUCGAACACACUUAUUACGGUUCUUGGGGAUUUACAAACAUCCCUAGAAGCUUUAAUCUUCCUUCUUUCGAUUGCGUCUAGUCAACAGGAUGUACAAUUGGAACAGAAGGUUUUUGGUUCUGACGAACUAUUCUUAGAAUUGCUUGAUAUAUGGAAAAAGGUGAGCUUUUUUACAGCUACCUUCAACUUGUCUUUAGAAUACGUUGAUAUCGAUUAUUCGAAAAUUGAUGAUCAAACUUUACAAUCAAAUCUUGGCAUAGUCUCCCAUCUUAACAGCCCUUUUGAAAUCCUUGUAACCUUCUUUUGUCGUGAAAAUCAAUUACGCGGCCAAUCGUUCUCUUUAGAGACUAGUCUUAAGUACUUCGUUUCCCGUUUAUUAAAGGAUUCGUCUAGCACUCAAAUAAUUUCAGAGGCUUUUGAGAAACUUCUUUUAUUAAAACAACACAAUGCUUGUUCCGCUCUAUUGAGUUGGCUAGGGUUUGAUUCCAUCUGCCAGUAUCUAAAGGCUAUAACCUAUCUAGGAUCCAAGGAAACCCAAAAGUCUGUCUACUACUUUAAGCAUGCCAAUCUAAACGUCAACAAGUUAGAAAUAUCGGAGCGUCCCCUCCUCAAAGAAUAUGUUGAGACAGCUCAUAAAUAUUCACUCGACAGUCAAUUGUCCAGUUAUUACUUAUACGUCUCGAAACUAUUAUCUACUGAGGGAGCGUAUGUUGAUGCUCUAGAAUUCGCUUUGAUGGCCGAUUCAUUGAAAGGGAAAGAUAUAAACCUAGCUUCUGAUAUUAGAAGGCAAUUAUUUUUCACAUCUUGUGCUUCUUCAAAAUUCGACACCGCUUACUCUGCACUUUUGCUGAUAAAGAACAAGAAAGAAAAGAGCGAUGCACUCAACGAAUUUUUGAAACAAUUGGCUUACAAAGGAAAACUGUUUCGACUUAUUGAUUAUUCAAUGCCAUCGCUUCAAGAUGAAGUUGAUAGUAUUCUAGAAAAGAGAUCUUUCCAGAUGAUAGACGUCCGAAGUCAACCGUGCUGGUAUAACGUGUUGUACAGUUGGCGUUUGAAAAAUCAGAAUUAUCGUGACGCUGCUGCAAUUAUAUAUGAAAAAGUACUUCGUUUGCUUUCUUCCGAUAGCUUCAAAAAGGAUCAAGAAACCGAGAUAUUGGAAAAUUAUCUAGUUGUUCUGAACGCUCUUAAGCUAUUAGAUCCUGAAGAAGCGUGGAUGUUGGUAACUGAUGUAUCUAAAAUAACAACUGGUAUCGAACAAACGUAUUUUCCUCAGAGGUUAGUUACUUUGGAUAACGUUUCAAUGGAAUACGAAGCGCACCUUCAAAAUAUUGCUAGGGAAGUUACGACUCAAAUCUGUUCCGCUGCUGCUAUAGAUUUUUAGUUUCUUGGGGGUAAAAAAAAGGCUAAUAACUAUAUAUUUCUAUUGAGAUAUCCUUCUGGUCGGUUGAGUAUUCUAAUGUCGGUAUACAUCGUAUAUUGAAACCAAAAAGUAGUUUGACUAUUAGAAAAAAAAAGGUCUUGAACGUUUUGAAUUUGUCAUACCUUAGCAACCGUCAAGCAACUAAAAUUAUCAGCAAUUGCUUCUACUUGCAUAAUUUUGCACCAUGGAUCUUUUGAAGUGUACGAGCAAAAGAGUAAUUAAAUUAUUCAUAUUCGAGUCAAAAAAUUCAAUAAAGUAAUUUAGAUUUAUGUUAUUUUAUUUACUGCUAGUGGAGAUCUUUGGUCUCGCUUUUCGCUAACGGUUUUUCCCACCCAUAAACACCAACACGGGC